AUGUGCAAUCAAUACUUCUUAUCUCGCUGGUUCUCAGUCAACCGCCAUAACCACAAAUUUACAAAAUGCGGCCCCAACUCGCAAGCCUUUUAAUCUUGUCCUUAGUAAUUUGCUUGGUUUGGGCCGAGAACCAGUCGACUCCCAACAACGACCAAGGAAAGGAAAUUGGCAACCCACAGCCUUCUUUCACCGCCGAGGAGAAUGAUGAGCGUUUCUUCGUUAAAACAGUGUCGCUGACUCUGUCGACGACGACUAGCACCACAACAACGACUAAAACAUUAACGUGCUCCACUUCCACUGCUGGCCUUUCCGUCUGCACCGCUUCCGGCCGACGCCGUCGUGGUCUCCAUCUCAGCGGAAACAAGGAAGGGCGCGGGCUCUUCUACAAUGAGAACGAAGAACAGAGCGAAGAUGGAAGCAUCUUUUUGCCAUCACCUGCCAAGGAGGAAAUUGAGCCUGUGAAAUCAGAAGUUGAACCUAGUCGAGAAGUCCGCAAGGAAGAAGCACCGAUCCCUUUUGUUGUCCAGCCUGGAUUCAACGCCCCUGCCGGCCAAGCUCGCGUUUUGCUGUACUUUGGAACCUCAACUGUCACCACCACUACUACGACAACAACCACUACUUCAAUAACCGCCAUUUGUCAAAGCACCACUGGUUUCCCGGUGUGCGGAUCCAACGGCAAAUAAAUCUUUGAUGACGGUUCUUGUCUUUUAAAAUGCCCACCCAAAUGACGAAACUGGCUUAUUUACUAUGUUGUUAGUGCUGUAUGUUAUUUACGUAUUUCAUGCAUUCACUAAUAUCCAUUAAAAUUAUAAUUCAA